ACAUCCACAGUCAUGCUGAUCUGGGAAAAGAGACUCCACCUCUACACACAGGAGAUCACAGUCAUGCCGCAAAAGUUUGGAUACAAACAAGAAUGUACAAUGGAGGUUUCCAGAGGUUUCAUGUUGGAGGAGAGCAAAUAAGUGCUAUUGGACGGGGCAUCUGUGUGUUGCUGGGUAUUUCUCUAGAAGAUACACAGAAGGAACUGGAGCACAUGGUCAGAAAGAUUUUAAACCUGCGUGUGUUUGAGGACGAGAGUGGGAAACACUGGGCGAAGAGUGUGAUGGACAAACAGUAUGAGGUGCUGUGCAUCAGCCAGUUCACCCUCCAGUGUGUGCUCAAGGGCAACAAGCCGGACUUCCACCUGGCGAUGCCCACGGAGCAGGCAGAGAGCUUCUACAACAGCUUCCUGGAGCAGCUGCGGAAGACCUACAGGCCGGAGCUCAUCAAAGAUGGCAAGUUUGGUGCUUACAUGCAAGUCCACAUUCAGAAUGAUGGACCUGUGACCGUAGAGUUGGAGUCUCCGGUGCCUGGCGCUGCUGCCUCCGACCCGAAGCAGCUGUCAAAGCUUGAAAAACAGCAGCAGAGGAAAGAAAAGACCAGAGCCAAGGGGCCUUCUGAAUCAAGCAAAGAAAGAAACGCCCCCCGAAAAGAAGACCGCAGUGCCAGCAGCGGGGCAGAGGGCGACGUGUCUUCUGAGCGGGAGCCAUAGACUUAGGGAUGGCACUCAGUGCAUUAUCAUUGGGCAGAACUGGAUCCUGAAAAAUUCAUGGAAGAUGCUAAGUACCUGCACUGCUUUAAGUAUUUGGAACUGAAUCAUGAAAAGGAAGACAGAAAUAGGAAGUUGGGAACCUGAGUAGCCCUGCAAAGACAGCAGAAUGGGAUGAAACCCCACCACCAAAGGAACGGUACCGUGUCCUGCUGUUGCUGUGUCCAACGGAGAAGCGAAGUGAGUGCUGGCGGGGCAGGGGUCCACCCCAUGCAGGCGGCAGCAGGGCAGACCCCAUGCCUCCCCCAUAGAAAGACUUCGCUGGUUCCUGUGAUUUCUGGGCUUGCUUUUGGAACAGGCUGGCCCAGCAUCAUUUGUCACCAAGUCCUCCUUUCACACUGUGGUGUAUUUCUGCGUGUCCAUGAUGGGUCUCAACUGCAUUCAUGCUGUCCAUGUUCUUCCCAACACCACCUAAGCCAGGGCCCGUGUUAAGGUGUACAGAGAACAAACAUCAAUGAUAAUGUAUUGUGUAAGACCUUUGCAUCUUGUAAAUUUUCUCAUUUUUCUAAAAAGAAAUAAUAAAAUUGCAAACCUCAACAAACCA